UAGAUCCGGGUGAGCAUGCGCUGAAUUACAAAAUCAUUUUUUACACAAUUAUAACUGUCUAUGCUAUUAUAAUUGUAUUUUAACAUACUUCAAUAGACGGAUAGAGAGAGCCCACUGAGAGAUACUUGUGACCCCACUGGUUUUGACUAGAUGGGAUGCAGUUUGUAUCAGAAUUGACUUCUCGUAGCAGGUUAGAAUUUACGCUGCAGGUUAGGACGAUUAGGUUAAGGUUAGGAAAACGGUUAGCUAAAAUGCACUCAAAAAUAAGAAAAAAAAAACACCUUUAGACCUAAAUUUGACAAACUGCAUCUCCUCUAGCCAUGACCACAUGCUGCUUGCUUGGUCAAACAGUUGGAUAAACGCAAAAGUAGUUAGGUUAGCUAGCCGGUCGUUUAUUUCUUGGACAUAUGAUAUACUAACGUUAUAUAUGACUCAUGUCAAAACGGGUUUAGCAACAGCAUUAGCUACCCACGAACAUCAAACCUACAUGUUUACAGUUAAACAACAUAACCAUGACAGUGAGGCAUGAAUGAGAUUAUUAUCAACAUUAGAACACGGAGUUUGCCAGUUAAUACGAAUGUCUAUGGAUCUGAUUUCCCAUCAAAGCCCAUCAACAUGACGAGGAAGCAACAUGGGAGAAGGGCGAGAAAGAAGAGGCAACGGGAGUGCAGAGAAACAACUGUUCAGUCUGUGACACUAUCUCAUGAACCACAGUUUGUGGCUCUAAGAAGAUGGCUGCAACAGAGAGGCUUCAGCUCCAAGCUUCUAGUACCUGCACACUUCUCAGACACUGGACGUGGACUGAUGACCUUACAGCCUAUCAAGGCUGAGGAUUUGGUGAUCUCCUUACCAGAAAAAUGCCUUUUAACUACCUCUACUGUUCUAAGGAGCUACAUUGGUGAAUACAUAGAAAGAUGGAAACCGCCUGUGUCUCCUCUCUUAGCCCUCUGUGCUUUCCUCAUCUCUGAGAGACAUUUUGGCCAACGUGCAGAAUGGAAGCCCUACAUCGACGUCCUGCCCCAAAAAUACACGUGCCCUGCUUACUUCUCAGAUGAGGUCAUCGACCUGCUGCCGGGGAGUCUGAGUGGGAAGGCCCUGGAGCAGAGAGCCAUGGUUCAGGAGCUGCACUCCUCUUCGUUGGACUUCUUCAGCUCCCUCCAGCCUCUCUUCAGUCAGCCCGUGGAGAGUGUGUUCACGUAUGAUGCACUGCGCUGGGCAUGGUGCAGUGUGAACACGCGCACUGUGUACAUGGAGCACCAACACACCCCCUACAUGUCCAGGGAGAGAAAUGUGUAUGCCUUAGCCCCCUACCUGGACCUGCUCAACCACUGCCCAGCCAUACAGGUCAAGGCGAGCUUCAGCCAUGUGAGCAGGUGCUAUGAGAUCCGUAGCAUCCAAGGCUGCAAGAGAUUCCAGCAGGCUUUUAUCUGCUACGGUCCCCAUGACAACCAACGUCUCCUGUUAGAGUAUGGGUUUGUUGCUCCUGGAAACCCUCACAGUGUGGUGUAUGUGGACCAAGUUAUCCUUCAACAGUGCGUCUGUAUAACAGACAUAAAUCAGCUGGCACAGAAGCUACUCUUCCUGAAGAAAAAUGACUUUUUAGCAAACUUGACUCUUAGUUUGGAUGGGCCGUCCUGGAGACUGAUGACCGCCCUCAGGCUGCUGUCACUUAAGACAGAACAAUACCCUUUCUGGAAGAGUGUCCUCUUGGGGGCGGGGGUGAGCCAGGACAGAGAGGAGUGGAGUGUCGAUGCAGCCCUUAGGCUUUGUCACUACCUGAUGGUUGACAACACUAGAGCUCUGAACAAGAUAUCCCAACUAACAGAGAGGGCAGACGUGUCUCUCAAGGAGCAGCUAGCUGUUGUGGAAUGUCUACGUCGAGAGGAGCAAGGAAUUUUGGGUCUUAACCAGGAAAUGCUGCAGGGUCUUCAGAAACAAUUGUUGCCAAGCAGACAGCAUGCACAACUUAGAGCAGCAUGCACAACAGUAUGACGUUCCAGAACCGGUCACUUCAUUUAUCGAUCACUGGCUAUGCUUCUAUGAGGAGACAACCAUGUCUGUUUCAUUAUCAGUGCAAUGAAGUGUCCCAGCAAAAAGGGCACUGUCACUAGUUAUGUUUCCAUUAACUUGUCCAGUGAUUUAUUUUUUGGGGCAACAUUUUUUAAUGUUUGCAUAGAAAAUAGAUGCGACAAUUGCCUACUAGGGUGCAUUUCCAUUGAACUAUUUUGUAGAUUAAAAGCAGCUGGAUAUAAUGACAUCUCACCUAAAAAACAAUUUACAACAAAAAUAAUAGCAGCCUGUAUGCCCUCCCACCUAUCUGUUUGUCUCAGGUAGUCCACAAAAGCCAGCAUGGAUAGAAUGCAAUAAUCAGGGGCACAACUUGGGUUUUAGAAGUGUUGGGGACAUUAAAUGUUGUUUUUUAAAUCUAGUUGGAUAAACAGCCUACCUGACCGCUCAGAGGCAUCGGCAUGGUCCUAAAGCACACCAGUGCCUCGUUCUGUAUCACAUUCCAAUUAUAAAAAUGCAAUUUCAGAAUGUGUGUGAGGGGGGGGGGACAUGUCCGCAGUGAAAGUUGUGCCCCUGGCAACAAUUGACCAAUAUUUGCCAUAUUCUAAUAAUUCUCAUGUGCCAACGUAUAGCCUCGGAUCUAGCGCCUUUGGGCAGGCAAUAUUGGCUGCCUAGGCUAGUCUGUGCCAUGUUGAAACUUGCACUGAAAUAAUUGGAAGGUGAAACUUGCAUUCAGCCAACCAGAAAAGCAAGGUGAAGUAUUAAGUCGGGACAAUCCUUGUGCUAUUUUUAUAGAUGGAAAAUUGUUAUUUUGUAAGCAGUGGGCAUUUAAUAUUAAAUGUAGAGUGGAUCACGUACCCUAAAAGUAUUCAGCAAUCUUGUUCAAAAAACAGUUCAUGUCAAUUUGUCGAAAAGAAAGUUAGAAAUUAAUUUUUUGGUCAUCUUUAGAAAAUGGCUCAUAUCUGCCGUUUCCAUUACACGCCGCAAUGAUUUUGUUGAAUAAACCUGGGUCAAUGGAAACCAGUCUAGUGAUAGGUCAACGACCUCAGACAUCAGGGGUACGUUAACAUUUGCUACAUUGCAGAAAGUUUUGUAUUGAAUGACACAUUUUCCCAAAAUGUCUUGUAUGUUCUUGAACAGACUUUGAAAUACGUUUGCGCCAGUCGGUGGGUUUGCCAGGGUGUGGGUUAAAGCAAUGAGUGACGUAUUUAAAAGGACAGCUGUGCAUUUUGAACCCACAACCAAACCCUGCCAUGUUUUUUUUCAAUUGGUCGUUCUGUUCAAUUGAACUUUCUAUUACGUUAUGUACUGAAUGCAGCCCUGUUAACUCUGGCCAAUCACAGUGAGGGUCACUUGACAACAGAGCGUUGACUGGAAGGACAAACUAUUUGGAAGUGACCCGUCUCUCAACACUUCUGAUAUGCCCUCAGAGAGCGGUACAGAUGGACAAUGGUAUCUCUCCAAUCCCACAAAGCCUCCAGAAACAGGACAUUGUUGUUUCCCCACCUUUAGAUUAAAUAAUUUAGCAAGAAUUUCUCUGGUCACAAAUGACACACAAAAAGCAGUUGUAGUUCAUGUAGAUUUCAAGCUGGGUCAUGUUCAGUAAGGCACCAAACGGAAUAAAACUUGUAGGUUCUACA